GAGCAUCUGUGGGGGAGCUGCUGUGCUCUCUAGCCAAGCAUGCUGUGGUCGGAUCUGCCCAGCCCUGGACUAGAGACCUUUGCUGGAUGGAAAAUCCAUAAACGAAAGCCCCUGUGAAAAACUGACUCGGACGCCGACUCAAGUGCUCCCAGGAUGACUUGAGUUGGAAGUUGAAACUCAAGUUGGAAGAAAUAUUGUUUCUAAGGACUACUGUCUCCAGCGUUGUGUUCUGCAAGGCCUGGGCUCCCAUGAAGAACACCUCUAUAGACUCAUGGAAGCCUAGCCACCUCACUGUUUCCAGAGUCCAUAGGAGUUCCGGAGUUCCCUGCUAACGCGCUGACUGUCGCUAUGGGCAGAAGGUACCCACAGGCUCGCCCGUGUCCAGGCAGCUCAUAUUGCAGAUUAUAACCCAUUUCCUGCACCAUUGCUGACGCCCAGAGAUCCAUGUCAGAAGUACUUCCAGCUGACUCAGGUGUUGACACCUUAGCAGUGUUUAUGGCCAGCAGUGGAACCACAGACGUUGCAAAUCGGAACAGCCCAGCCACACCACCAAAUACCCUUAAUCUCCGGUCCUCCCACAAUGAACUGUUAAAUGCUGAAAUCAAACACUCAGAUGCCAAGAACAGCACACCCCCCAAGUGCAGGAAGAAAUAUGCACUGACUAACAUCCAGGCGGCUAUGGGUCUCUCCGAUCCAGCCGUACAGCCUCUGCUGGGAAAUGGCUCCACCAACAUCAAGCUGGUGAAAAAUGGGGAGAACCAACUCCGCAAGGCUGCAGAACAGGGGCAGCAGGACCCCAACAAAAACAUUAGCCCCACAGCGGUCAUCAACAUAACUUCUGAGAAACUGGAGGUGAAAGAUCUCCACCCUCCAGAGUCCUCAGGCUGUGAGAUUUUGCCCUCCCAGCCCAGGAGAACUAAGAGCUUCCUCAAUUACUAUGCAGACCUAGAAACCUCUACCAGAGAGCUAGGGCAGAAUCUGGAUCCCUGCCAAGGGGUUGAGGAGGAGAAGGCCCAGCCAGGCCCAGGCCAGGCCCCUGUAGUCAUUGGGAAUGGUGACUUGCUGCUGCAGAAACCAAACAGACCCCAGUCCAGCCCAGAGGAUGGCCAAGUAGCUACAGUGUCAUCCAGCCCAGAGACCAAGAAGGACCACCCCAAAACAGGGGCCAAAACUGACUGUGCGCUCCACCGGAUCCAGAACCUGGCGCCGAGUGACGAGGAAUCCAGCUGGACAACCCUGUCCCAAGACAGUGCCUCCCCCAGCUCCCCAGAUGACACAGCAGAUAUCUGGAGUGAUCACUCAUUUCAGACAGAUCCAGAUUUACCGCCUGGCUGGAAAAGAAUCAACGACAUUGCUGGAACCUACUACUGGCACAUCCCGACAGGAACAACCCAGUGGGAACGACCUGUCUCCAUCCCAGUGGAUAUCCAGGGUUCUAGGAAAGGGUCACUUAGCUCUGUGACGUCAUCUCCCACCCCAGAGAAUGAGAAACAGCCAUGGAGUGACUUUGCUGUUCUGAAUGGGGGAAAGAUUAAUAGUGACAUUUGGAAGGAUUUGCACGCAGCCACAGUUAACCCAGACCCCAGUUUAAAAGAGUUUGAAGGAGCAACACUGCGCUAUGCAUCCUUGAAACUCAGAAAUGUCCCCCAUGCUGAUGGUGAUGAUUCUUGUAGUGUCAACAGUGACCCAGAAGCCAAGUGUUUUGCUGUGCGCUCUCUGGGCUGGGUAGAGAUGGCAGAGGAGGACCUUGCCCCCGGGAAGAGCAGUGUGGCUGUCAACAACUGCAUCCGGCAGCUUUCCUACUGCAAAAAUGACAUCCGAGACACAGUUGGCAUUUGGGGAGAGGGCAAAGACAUGUAUCUGAUUUUGGAAAACGACAUGCUCAGCCUGGUGGACCCCAUGGACCGCUCCGUGCUACACUCGCAGCCCAUUGUGAGCAUCCGUGUGUGGGGAGUGGGCCGAGACAAUGGCCGAGAGAGGGAUUUCGCUUAUGUAGCAAGAGACAAAGACACAAGGAUUCUGAAGUGUCAUGUGUUUCGAUGUGACACACCAGCAAAAGCCAUCGCCACAAGUCUCCACGAAAUCUGUUCCAAGAUUAUGGCUGAACGGAAGAACGCCAAAGCCCUGGCCUGCAGCUCCUUACAGGAAAGGAACAAUGUGAGUCUCGACGUCCCAUUGCAAGUAGAUUUUCCAACACCAAAGACGGAACUGGUGCAGAAGUUCCACGUGCAGUACCUGGGCAUGUUGCCCGUGGACAGACCUGUCGGCAUGGACACCCUGAACAGUGCCAUAGAAAGUCUUAUGACCUCAUCCAGCAAGGAGGAUUGGCCUUCGGUGAACAUGAACGUGGCCGAUGCCACUGUGACAGUCAUCAGUGAAAAGAACGAAGAGGAAAUUUUGGUGGAGUGUCGAGUGCGGUUUCUGUCCUUCAUGGGUGUCGGGAAGGAUGUCCACACGUUUGCCUUCAUCAUGGACACUGGGAACCAGCGCUUUGAGUGCCACGUGUUCUGGUGUGAGCCUAACGCCGCCAAUGUGUCAGAAGCUGUCCAGGCUGCCUGCAUGUUGCGGUAUCAGAAGUGCUUGGUAGCCAGGCCACCUUCGCAGAAAGUCCGACCUCCACCCCCGCCAGCAGACUCGGUGACCAGAAGAGUCACAACUAACGUAAAGCGAGGGGUCUUAUCGCUCAUUGACACAUUGAAACAGAAACGCCCUGUCCCAGAAACGCCCUAGCAGCUCCGGGCUCCGGGAUUCUGUCACUUUUACCCGAAGAGCAACCAUCUACACUAAAGAAGCCGACCACUGGCCUUCCAUUCCAUUGCUGAUGCUCUGUCUCCAGAGAACUCGUCCUUAACCAAACAGUGUUAAGACAAGCAUGUGACCACGUCUCGCCACCACCGUGUGCUAUGAAAAGAAGCAUGAGUUGUUUUUGUUUUCUGUUCCCGUGAGUUCCAUCAUGAGCAGUGGAAGGUCUUUUCCUGUAAAUAUUGUGAGCAGGACUUCACACGCUCUCCGAAGGAUGUGGCCACGCCCUCCCUAGAGAACUAAUGCUGCGUCUGUGGAGGGAAUGAUUCCCCAGGUUCAUUUCGCUGGCCUCUUGGUUGGAUCUGUCGCCAGCAACCUUGGGGUCCUUUGGCACUUUGCCUUGUUUUCAGCUUUUAAAACAUUCAGACCCCGAAUGUCCUGUCUAUCCGAGGGACAGAUACCAUUGAAUUCCUGUAAAAAGAACGUUUGGGUUUUAGUUUUUCAUAAAAGUGAAUCUGUCAGUUGACAGAAAUGGCUGUUGGCAUCAGUGCAGACACAAACCAGCCACUUUUCCUCAGUGAGCUCUCUGAUGCAUGGACACCCCUUCAUGUCUACAGCUGUUUGGGGUGCUGGGGAAAGGAAAACUUUAAAAUUAACAGAAAACUAAAUUUGAGGAAUUAAAGUCAAGCAAAAAAAAAUAACCUUUCUUUUCAGAUGGUUUUCAAACUGGUUAUUUAAAAAGAGAGAGAGAGAUUAACAGAUUCAUAAUACAUUUGGGAUGGGACAUAUUUCAAACUUCUGCCUUACGUUGUACAAUGCAGCUAGAGAAUUAAAGUAUGCUAUGGCCAUUCUCCACCCACACCUGAAAAUGAAAUAUUCCUACACUUUCCAUCCUUAGUUUGACGAGCUAAUAUGCAAUUUAGAGUUGAGUAAAUGUCAUUUAUAUCUCUGUCACACACUAUGAUUUUAGAUCUCAUUGUGUGAUUCUUGUUAGUUCCCAUCCUGGAGGUAAAUGUCCUCCUAGGGUUCCCUCUCUGCCACAAGCUUUUGCUGUGCUUUUCGUCCAGAAAGCUGGCUAGCCUUCAUACAGUGUCCAUGGCAACAAAUUUAAGUUGUACUUUUCUUGAACUUACGUAUUUAAUGUUAGAAAUUUGGUAAGACUUGACUAGAUAUGUUUUAAAACUUCUAUUUUUCCAUUUUACUUUCAAAAGAUUUAAUUUUUUCUUAUCUGAGCACAAUAUACAAAGAAAUAAUGGGUUGUUUGAUAGCAUUCCCCAAAUAUCAUUUUCUUGCCUCUUUUUAUGUAGCUAAGAAACCUAACUAUAAAAAUACACAAAUUUAGACUCUUGCUGACAUUAUUUUAAAAGGAGGUUGCAAAGAUCAAUCUUAUAUUACUCUUGUGUACUUUUAAUGUCAAAAUUAAUAUCGCUAUAAAAGUGAUGCUUUGUGUUUAUGCGCUGCUCUGCGGAUGUCAGAAUGCUUUCCACAGUUUUAUCACAGUCGAGCCUUACAAGGUAGGAAAGGUACCAAACUCACUGAAGAAAUCAAAUACACUGGGUUUUGUACCAAGAGGCUAAGUGGCCAAGGAUCUCACCCAAGUUCUUGAGAGCCCGAACCAGGACCACGUGUCCCAGGUUUUGCCACCUUAUGCCUCUUCCACACAGUCAGGAAGACCUUUCACAGAUGACUGUAGGUCCAUACACAGUACAGAUAAUGAAAUACUAUCAGGCAGUUUCAGAAUUCCCAAGUGUGUUAAAGAAAACAUCCAGUUUGUCUACACAGUGGCAUUUAUUGUUAAGACCAUUGUCCUUUCUUGGUCCAGGACUGUGUUCCUCAGUCGUGUUGUAGAGGACAAAUGUCUGUCCUCAGCAGCCUUUCCGAGCCGAGGUUUUCUAGAUAUUACAUUACUUGUGUAGAAACCUUCCCGACUGUGGCACUUAGCAGCCGCAGACUGCGUUGAAGUGAGCGUGUUCCACCUGUGGGUCCUCAGAAAACCCAUGGAGUCAGAUGCAGAGAACCUGGGCCGGUUUCUGGCACCCACACACUACAAUACAAGUGAUGUUCCUUGAGAAAAAAUGCAUUAAUACUUGGUGCCAACUUGCAUACUAGCUGAAGUAACUAGUGCCAUCUGAGAGAUUUCUUAUUGUGCCCAGAGAAAAACUGUCCAGAAUCUAGUUACGGUCUCUCAUUUUGAGCUUCAUGGUGAAAUGUUUUAAUGCACUCCACCUCAAAACUCUAAAGUAAUCCAUGUUUCUAUAGGACGUCUCCACCCAAACCCUGUUCGUCUGUAAGACCUACAUUUGUUUGUUUUCAGGAUCAAGAAUACUGAGCUAGCUUUAAGUAGCAAACUGAUUUAUAUAUGCAAUUUUAGGACUCGGUAAGAGGAGUGAUAGUCUUACACAGGAGAAAACUCUUACUGCGGCUGUUUUGUUUUGAAAAUAGCUUUGCCUACUAAAUGCAGGUUGAUUUUUGUAAAAUGAGUUAUGUUAAACAGUGUAUUCAGACAACUUUCUGCCAUGGCCAAAAAGUAUGUAUGAAAGUAUGUUUGCAUUUGUUUGUGAAAGGAUGCCAGUGUUUUACCCGAGAUCUGAGUGACUUCAGUUAUCUAUGCAUUCUUUAGAUCCGGGAUUCGGGAACAGGCAGCCGUGUUCACUAAGCCUUGUGUGUCUUAGCAUUUUUUUAAUUAACUUGUUAAAUACAGCUUAAAAUAUUUUUAUUUUAUUUAUUCUAUUUUUACUGAAAUAUGGCACAUUAUUGUGUUAAUGUAUUCUCUUUCCUGGGUAUAACGUCAGUUACCUGGGCCUAAUUAAUCUCAGUGAACUACAUCGCCUACAAGGUGGUUUUGUAAUGAUUUGUAGUCACAUUUUUAUUGGAAUAUGUAGAAGCAAGGGCAGAAUGCUUAAAGUUCCUUUUAUUUUUUAAAAGCAACUAGGUAGGAGUGCUCUGCCCACCUUCCCUGUGCUCCGGGGCAGCAUCACCACAGUAGCCAACAAGCUUCUGGCUAAGACCAUGUCUUUGUAGAUAGACUAAGGCACUGUGCGGUGCUCUGUUUUUAUAUCCUUCCCAACCUGCGUGACGUCAUCAAAGAGCUACACAGCCAUCCACGCGCCCUUUGUUUCCACCUGGAUUCAGGAUCACCCAUGGCUAAUUAGAACCAUUGUUUCAUUUGUUGGUCUGUCUGUCUCAUUGCAUGAAGGGACAUUAGACCCCUUUCCAUUAAAACAAAUUCUUGGUGAUACAGCGGUUAGCACGACUACUUUUUUUUAAAAAAAAUACACAUUAGGCAUUUAAGAGGGGCACAGAACAAACCACUCAGAACAGGACCACUUACGUGUAGCCCCAAAGCUUCCCUUACUGUAGCGCACACUCCCUGUAUGAGCAAUGCAACGCGAGAUUUCACAAACCACGUGGGAAAAUGUCUCCCUAACAUUAGCACAAUUUAAUCAAGCCAAAAGCCCUCGAGUUGGCCGGGUUCAACCUAACCUCCUAACAUCCGACAUGCUCAGAACCAGUAAGAAAGCAAUUGAACUUGUUUCGGCAAACUGGGGGUGUGGCUCAGUGGUAGAGCGCUUGCGUAAGAUGUGCAGGGCUCUGAGCUUAAGCCUCGGAACCAUGAAGGGGGGGGGGGGUUGCACGUCAAGGCAAAGGUCUUGGCUUGCACCAACUGAGAGCAUUGCCAGGCAGCCACAUCAGCCGCUUCCUCCUAAAAGGACAUCUUGUUUUCUUUCUGAUGCCUUUUGCUGUUGACCACGUUUGCACAUUUAAAUGUAAGAUGUUGUGAGAAUAAAUGGAGCUGCGUACAAGGUCUGCCUCAUUUAUCUGCCGGCACGGCCACAUCUAUGAGAAACAGAUGCAAACCUAGUAUCUCUACAGUAGUUAUUUUAUUUUUGUAUUAUUCUUACUUCAAAUUAAACUUUUUAAAAAUCA